AUGUCAUCUAAAUUCAACACUUUUCCUUGCUAUCUUCUUUCUAUGAUUUUCCUCUCUAUAUAAUCAAACGCCAGAAAUCGAUCGCUUCCAAACAGAAAAAACAAUGGAAUAUAAAGAAAUCAUAUCUUCUCCGGCUUCGCUCUCUUCAUCAACAAGAUGGUGGGGCGGAGACACGGUGGCCGUGGUUACGGGAGCAAACAAAGGCAUAGGUUUCGCGGUGGUGAAGAGAUUCGCGGAGCUGGGUUUGACGGCGGUUUUGACGGCCAGAGAUGUGGAAAGGGGGAAGAAAGCUGCCGAGAAACUGAGGGAUCAAGGGCUUCAAAGUGUGCGGUUCUUCCCACUGGAUGUAACGGAGGCUGAUUCGAUUAAAACCUUCGUUUCAUGGCUGCAAACAACUUUUGGAGGACUGGAUAUUCUUGUGAACAAUGCAGGUGUUUCAUUCAAUGAAAUCCAUGAGAACUCGGUGGAGUUUGCAGAUACUGUAAUACAAACCAACUUUCAAGGACCCAAGCAACUCACUGAGUCACUCUUGCCAUUGUUUCGCCUUUCACCUUCUUCAAGUCGUAUACUUAACAUUAGCUCCAGGCUUGGCUCCAUUAAUAAAGUGAGAAACCUCGAGAUAAAAGCAAUUCUACAAAAUGAAAGGCUAUCGGAAGAAGAAAUCCAGGGAGUAGUAAAUACGUUUGUUCAAGACGUGAAGGAAGGGAGAUGGCGGAGCCAAGGGUGGCCGGAGAUAUGGACUGAUUAUUCAGUGUCGAAACUGGCGUUGAACGCUUAUUCUAGGGUUUUGGCCAAGCGAUUCCGGGGAAGAAGAUUAAGCGUUAAUUGCUUUUGCCCCGGCUUUACUCGGACAUCGCUGACUCGUGGGCAAGGCACGCACACCCCCGAUGCGGCUGCUGAAUUCGCCGUUAGCUUGGCCUUGCUUCCGCCGCAUCAGUUGCCGACCGGUCGGUUCUUUCUGGGAUUUGGAACUUAUAAUAAAUCUAGACUAUAGAAACUUGAUAUAAAAUUAUUUCUUAU